AUGCGAACGGUGGAAGGCGAGCAGUCGGUGGCUCCAAAAGACGUUCCCAAUGCCGAGCUAUUGGCACGCCUAGAGAAACUCGAGGCGCUCAUUGCUGCCCAGAAUAGGGAAGGCAUGUUGAAUAGACCAGAGCCCACGGCUUAUUCAGAAGCGCCGCCGCCGAACCAGCCAUCUGUUGUGGCGCCACCAAUGUCACCGCAACUUCAAAAGUUGACUGAUGAUGCGCUGUGGCUCGAAAGGUCAUUUACAGGUCAAUCCAUGCUGGAACCUCUUUGUGAUCCAAUAUCUUUCCGCACUUGCCCUGUACGCCGUAUCGUCAAACAGGGUAACUUUGUACUACAAAGUGACCCUUCCGCCCCUUCGUUUGGCUCUGGUGAGGUAACAAGGUGUAUCUGGUUGCCUCGCCGUGAUGAAGCCCGCAUCCUUACACACAAAUACAUAACGGAUGUCAACCACUUCCAUCAUGUUGUACACGUGCCAACAUUGAUGGCCACCAUCGAGCAAAUCUACGAUUGCAUUGACAGCAACACAACACUAGAUAUCGGCGUCAUGGCACUACUCCUCAGCAUGUGUGCUGCUUCGACUUAUACGUGGUCACCUCAGGACGAUGCGCGACUUCUCUACGGAACUGUGGCAGAGGCUAGGGCCCAGGCGUUCUGGUGGGUGAAAGCUGCGCUCGAUGUCAUGGAUCAUGCGCAGCGCAUUGGUCAUGCCUCCUUGGAGUGUAUCCAUGGCAUGGUCAUAUUGUUCUACGUCUUUUGCAAUAUUGAAGGCCUUUCGCCCCGCGCGAGGAGCCUCAACGCCCGCUCAAUUAGCAUGGCCAGAGAACUAUCGCUACACCGCGUUGAUGCCCCGAGUAAUCGCGAAAUUCCUAACGUGGGGAGCCUCCGAGUUGAAAUGUACAGAAGGACAUGGUGGUUCCUUGUUGCCACAGACUGGAUGGUCACACAAUUUGCCUUUCCUCAGGAAGGUUCGUUCACUAUCCACCCGUUCCAUAUGAUGGCCUGGCGCAUCAUGGACGAUGCCAAAGACCAGUCGCCUAUCGGAGCCAAGCUGCUUGACCUAUCCGUCCAGGUCUUGAAGCGACACACGCCAAGUCACCCGGCCCUGAAGAUGUUUUCAUCUCUACCCGUCACGAUGCCAAUGACGCCCGACUCUGCAGGGCGCGAGGAGCAGCGCCGCAACAUUCCACUGCAAGGCUUUGUUCCUGAACCCGAAGCGUCAUAUAUGGAUCAGCAAUGGCAGGCGCUCGAGGGUAGAAUGGACCUCAAUACUAUCGACUUUGACAAGCUAUUCUAUGGACUGGAGGCGCCUUUCAUUUGA